GUCUCGCCUGCACAAAUAGGACUGAGGGGGCGGGUGGCCAAAAUUUCGCGCCAAACUAGCGGGUAAUCCCCGUGUCAGUGUGAUGUGCUAGCUCGGAAGUGUUUUCUGCAGCUAUCAUGGUUCGUCCGCUAAACUGCAUCGUCGCUGUGUCCCAGAACAUGGGCAUCGGCAAGAACGGGGACCUGCCCUGGCCCCCGCUCAGGAAUGAAUACAGGUAUUUCCAAAGAAUGACCACAACCUCUUCAGUAGAAGGUAAACAGAAUUUGGUGAUUAUGGGUAGGAAAACCUGGUUCUCCAUUCCAGAGAAGAAUCGACCUUUAAAGGACAGAAUUAAUAUAGUUCUCAGUAGAGAACUCAAGGAACCUCCACAGGGAGCUCAUUUUCUUGCCAAAAGUCUGGAUGGUGCCUUAAAACUUAUUGAACAACCAGAAUUAACAAAUACAGUAGACAUGGUCUGGAUAGUGGGAGGCAGUUCUGUUUAUAAGGAAGCCAUGAACAAGCCAGGCCAUCUUAGACUAUUUGUGACAAGGAUCAUGCAGGAAUUUGAAAGUGACACAUUUUUUCCAGAAAUUGAUUUGGAAAAAUAUAAACUUACCCCAGAAUAUCCAGGUGUUCCUUCUGAUAUCCAGGAGGAGAAAGGCAUUAAGUACAAAUUUGAAGUAUAUGAAAAGAACAAUUAAUGUGAAAGUGUUUUCUGAUCUAUUUCAAGCCUCCUCCUCCCCCCCAAAAAAUUAUGUAUUUUUUGUUGUAGAGACUUUUGUUGACUUUAGAUCUAUGGAUAAUUAUUUCUAAGCAAAGCACUUUUAUUCCCCAUUAAUCUUAACUAGACUGUAUCAGAUACCAUUUGUGAAACAUUUCUUGCUGUAACUUCCUGAAUGCCCAUCAAGAGUCAAGAAUAGGUGACCAGCACCUGCCUAGGGUAGAAUAUCUACCAAGACAGCCCAAAGUGGGAGAGUGCCCUGGUAGCAUGAGUUGAAACCAGAGCCUAUAGAGCUAGGAGCUAGGCAGGUGGGUCCAAAGGUCAGAAAUGGAUUAUAAACAGAAGAGCUAGCAUUCAGUUACUUAAAUUAGAUCAAAAGAGGGACUGUGAAUUACUUUAUAUCACACUUCUGAAAAAAAUUCUCUUCACUCAGACCAGGAGUCAAUAAGUUGAAAUCCACAGGGAUAGUAAAGAGGCAGGUACGAGACUACCUUUUCGGUGGUUAAAGGAGAAGGUUUGAGACCUUAAAAAACUUUGUUUCUGAUCUUCAGUGAGACUGCAUGGGAUGUUACAAUGAUAGAACAAGAAUUGGCUGCUCUUUACAGAAAAGAAUAAUCUAAUAUCAAACAUAAUGGCUAAAAUUAAAAAUUCAAAGAGGUAAUAAAUUGAGAAUGAAUAUUGCUAGAAACCAAAAUUAGUAAGUUAGAAACUAAACUUCACAGAAUUAAAAAAUGAAAAUUAAAACAUGUUUUACCCAUCACGUUAGCAAAGAUUUAGAUUAAAUAUCCAAAAAAAAAUAGCAUUUUCUGCCUUAUAAAUUGGUACAACCUUUUUAGAGUGUAAGUUAGCAAUAUCAAUUAAAAUUCAAAAUAUUCUGGGUUUGGACCCAGAACUUCCACUUCUAGAAAUUAAUCCUGAACAAAGAAAUGGACCAAAGAGUAUUUGUUGCAACUUUUUUUUUCAAACUUAGAAACAGCCCAAAUGUUGAUUAAUAAGAAAUAACUAACCAAUAUGUCUAUAAAAUGUAACAUCUGCAGCAGUUAAAAAGAAUGAAGUACUGACAGGAAAAUGCCAAAAAUUGCUAAAUAAAAGAAGCAAAUUGUGUAUAAUACUCAAAAUGUUUAAUAAAUGUUCAUGUGUGGGAAAAAGCAUGCUCCAAACUGUU